AUGGCGAUCGCAAGGCAAGUGCUUUGUCUCUCUGCUUUCCUGUCGCUGCCGCACGCUCGCGCCGAGCCCAUCCGCUACUCCGUAGCCGAGGAGGCGGAAAACCGCGGCUCCGGGCGGCUCCUCGUGGCGGGGAGGCUCGACCGGGAGGAGCUGUGCGCCCACUCCGACACCUGCAUGCUCCCCUUCGAGCUGCUGCUCUCCGACCCCCUCCAAUUCUUUCGGGUCGAGGUAUCCCUGGAAGAUAUCAAUGACCAUUCGCCUGUCUUCCCCAAGGAACGAGUUACUUUUAAGAUCCCCGAAACGAGCGACCCGGGUUCACGUUUCCCUCUGGAGCUGCCUCGGGAUCGCGAUACUGGCAGCAACACAGUCCAGACUUAUAGAAUAUCUCCCGAGAACGAGUAUUUCGGUGUAUCCUAUGGGACUCGUACUACAGGCAAGAAGUAUCUUGAACUUGGGUUGGAAAAGCCGCUAGACAGGGAGGAGCAGGCAGAGAUAAGUUUCAGUGUUAUUGCUGUAGAUGGGGGCUCUCCUCCCAGGAGUGGUAGCACCGAAGUGAAAAUUGUCAUUCUAGAUGUAAAUGACAAUGCUCCAACCUUCACACAAGACGUGUACGUUGGAAGGGUUUUAGAGAACAUGUCAGAAGGUUCGGUGGUUCUGUCUGUGCUGGCAACUGAUCAGGAUGCAGGAAUUAACGGGGAUAUCACCUAUCAACUCAGCCAGGCUGCGGGAGAGAGCGACUCAGAAUUUGUGAUUGAUCCCAGAACUGGUGAAAUUAAAAUCACAAAAACUCUGGACUUUGAGGCAGCACAAACUCAUGAGCUCAGUGUGAGGGCUACAGAUGGCGGGGGGCUCUCAACAAUCUGCAAAGUGUUGGUGGAGGUGGUGGAUGUGAAUGACAAUGCCCCCGAGCUGGCGGUCAGUUCCUUCAGCAGUCCCCUCCCCGAGAACACAGUGCCCGGCACCGUGGUUGCCCUGUUCUCGGUCAGGGACCGCGAUUCGGGUGCCAACGGGAAGGUGUCCUGUGCCCUCGACGAUCAGCUCUUCUUCUCCCUGCGGUCGCUCCUCUUCCUCAUCUCGGCCGCCGUCUUCGUGGCUCGCAAGGUGUGCAAGAGCAAGGAGCUGAAGGCUGCCCAUGUGCUUUAUGGGGCCGACAACUUGCAGAGCGGCCUGGCCGAUGCAGCCGCCGCAGGGACCCUGCCCCGCGCCUAUUGCUACGAGAUCAGCCUCACCACGGGCUCGGGCAACAGCGACUUCCAAUUCCUCAAGCCCAUCGUGCCCAGCCUGCCGCCACAGCGCUGCGCCACGGCCCGGGGCCCCGAUGAGGAACAGGAUCACGAUUUCCCCUGUGUCCCUGUCAGCACAGAGGACACGGCGCCAGACAAUGCUGGGACUGUCUCUGCGGGACACUUCAACGCUCUUUCCUUUAACUAG